GAUUUGUAGUUUUCUCAGGGAGGUCACCAAUAUGGCUGCGCCUAUGCCGGCGUGUAGUAUAGUGAUUCUUGUGGCGUCUACAUGAGCAGAAUGAGUGACGGCAUGUGCCAGUACAGCUAGUGGAAGCCUGGGAUUUAGAGAGUGCGUCAUAUGCCAUGCGCCUGGAUGCUUUAUCUAUAUGGUACAAUGCUGCCUUCUUUGUUACUUUGGGGCCUCAACAGUUUGAAGCCAAACUUUACACAUGUGCGACACCUUGCGACGACUGUGGGGAAAAGCAAACAAAGAGAUGACCUUCCGACUUUUCAGUAUGUUGGACACAAACCUAAAAGAAAGAACCGUGUUUUUGUUUGGGGAUUCUCAUACACAGGGGCGUUGGGAAUUCCAAGCUUUGUAGUACCUGACUCUGGGAGGAAAAAGCCUAAACAAUACCAACUAACUCCUUAUAGACUUGAUAUGGAGGAAAAGAUCUCAUCGGCUGCAUGUGGUUAUGGCUUCACGUUGUUAUCAUCCAAGACGAGUGAUGUCACGAAGGUGUGGGGAAUGGGAUUAAAUAAGGAUUCACAAAUAGGAUUCCAUAGAAGCCGAAGAGAUCGAACUAAAGGUUAUGAAUACAUCCUGGAGCCAUCACCUGUUCCCCUACCGCUGGACAAACCGCAGGCUACACGAGUUUUGCAGGUCUCUUGUGGCAGAGCACACUCCCUUAUUUUGACAGAUAAUGAAGGAGUUUUUAGUUUUGGGAAUAAUUCAUAUGGACAGUGUGCUAGACGAAUUGUUGAAGGUGAAAUUUACAGUGAAAGCCAGUUGAUUCAUAGAGUCAAGCAGCUUGAUAGCAGAGUUGUUCAGGUUGCAUGUGGUCAAGAUCACUCUCUAUUCAGGACAGAGAGCGGAGAGGUUUAUUCCUGUGGCUGGGGAGCUGAUGGUCAAACAGGUCAGGGACAUUACAACAUCAGCAGUGAACCUACCAAACUUUCUGGUGAUUUGGCUGGUGUGAAUGUUGUGCAGUUAGCCACUUUUGGAGAUUGUUGUCUGGCAGUGUCAAGUGAAGGAGAUGUUUAUGGCUGGGGAAAUUCUGAAUAUUUACAGUUUGCAUCCAUAACUGAUCUCACCCAGGUCAAUGUUCCACGGCUGUUACCAUUCCAGAAUGUUGGCAAAGUGAAACAGGUGGCAUGUGGUGGGACUGGUUGUGCCCUUUUAAAUGAAGACGGAAAUGUCUUUGUUUGGGGUUAUGGUAUUCUGGGAAAAGGACCAAACUUUUUGGAGUCUUCCAUCCCAGAAAUAAUUCCUCCAACGCUGUUUGGCUUAAAUGACUUCAACCAUAAUGUGAAGGUGUCCACAAUCUCCUCUGGGCUGGGGCACUUUGCUGCAAUAACAAAUAUUGGGGAGCUGUUUAUUUGGGGUAAAAAUAUGAGAGGCUGUCUGGGUACUGGAAGAUUUGAUGAUCAAUAUUUUCCAUGGCGGGUAACUGUACCUGGAGAAGUUGUGGAUGUUGCUUGUGGUGUCGACCACAUGGUAGCACUUGUGAAGUCAAUUACUUGAUGAAGAGGAAACACGCAGGGUUUAUUGUUAUAUAUGUCUUAUGCUGUUCCUCGGGUUAGGCAAGUGAUAUAGUUUAUGUAAAGUGCAAUAUAUGUGGAACCUGAUGAACUUCAACAGUAGAGCCACCAACACAAAUGUGCACAUGGCCUAAAUGAGUUGCUUUUAUGGCAUAAGUAUAUAGCUUUCAAUGUCCUGUAAAUGUAAAGCUUUUUAUAAUAAACAUUUAUAACCAUAGUAUGGUCUAAGCAAAAAAUUAUACUGUAAAUAUAUAAUUCUCAACUUUAACUAAAAAGAGAUUUCUGGCAGGGAUGCUUUAUUAAAUGCCUUGGGGUACAGUGAAAAUGAAAAAGAUGUCAUACUUGCCUUUCCUGAUCACCUGCUUCUGCCGUUUUGGGGGCACCUGGUCGCUGCUGUUCUGCUAGUCUUUCUCAUUUCUGUGAUGAGUGCCUUGGGAUUGGGGCAGGUGAAAAUGCUGUCUUAUUUUGCUGCACCUCUAGGAAAAAGGUGAAGUGCAUGCUUAGUUCAUUCUCUCCCGACUUUGGGAUCUGAAUGAGAUGGUAACAUAAUGUAAGUCUGUGGGACAGUCUAGCCUCCAUAGACUUGGCACAACUGAUAAAAACUUUUGACAUGACCCUAGGAGAUUAUUUUUUUUUUUAUAACAGGUACAUUGCAGAUGUCUAAUACAAUUACUGUAUACGCCUGGUAGCUGCUGUUAUUUUCAGUGAGGUAGCAUUCACAUGUUCUCAUCAUAUCACAGUUUUUGCUGUAAUUUUCACAACAAUUUUGAUGGCAAAAUAGAGUGCAGGCACAAGCUACAGUCACACAUCAUGUAGGCUAUUUAUUAAAUCACUCCGGAUGUUAAGGGAUCAUUUAUAAUACAUCAAGGAACUGUUAUUUACAAAAUCCAAAUGUUGCCCUUCAAUGUGAGAGUCUGCUUAUCCCUGUAUUAUAACGUGCAAAAAUAUAGAGAAAGACCUUAUGCUCUUAAAUUGGUGUCCUAUGAGGCACUAUGUGUUUCUGCAAAAUAGAAUCAUGUUGGUUUCUCACGUCUAUAACUGCUUCAGGUGAUUCCCUCCGAUCAUAGCAGCAAUUGUAACAGCUCUUAUUCGUGACAUUCGUAUCAUUGUGUUGGGGAGACUUAACAGCCACAUGUUACCUAAGGAGCUGCAAAUAGAUCCGUAGAAACACAAAGCGAAAUGUGUAAUUCAGUAAAUAGAUUCUGUCUUGUAUUCUAUUGGCAUUAACUAAAAUAAAUAUUGUUCAUGAAGUGUUGAAAGUCAUGAAAAUAUUUUACUAAAAUUGUAUUUCCUGCAAG